AUGUUAUCCUAUAAAUCUUUAUAUGGAAUUGCUAAAUUCAACCAACUCAAAGAUUACUAUGCCAUACUAAACAUCUCCAAAACCAAUGAUCAACCAACCAUAAAGAAAGCAUACUAUGCAUUAGCCAAGAAAUUUCACCCAGAUGUUAACCAAGGCAAGGAGGAUAAAUUCAAAGAAGUUAAUGAAGCUUAUGAAGUAUUCACUGCUCUAUUCUCAGGUUUUGUCUGAUGACAACAUAAAAAAGGAGUAUGAUGCUGCUAGAGCACCCCAAUCCUAAAAUAGUCAAACCUAUUAAUAGCAAUAAUAUAAUGACUCUAGGAAAUAUUAAUCUACAUCUCAAUAGAGAUAAAGUUAGAAUUACACGUAAACUCAUUGGGUGUAUUAUUAGUCAAAAUCAAUACACUAGAAAUCAAUUUGAAGAAGCCAUAAGAAGAGCAUAAGAACACUUAAAUUAGCAAUAAUAGUAUAGACAAUAUGAGAGAAUGAGGGCUUAGUAAGAGUAUGAGGAGAGGAUCAGAUAGGAGGAAAUGUAUGCAAGAGCAAAAGAUCAAUAAUAUAAGGAGUUCGCACAUAGAUAUUACAAUGAAAAUAAAAGAAAAACUUUUUAUUCAAAGGAGGAAAAAGAAGCAUAUGAUUCAUUUGUUAGAUAAAGAGAGUUCGAAGAAUCAAUAAAAGAAAAGAUUGUAUUUAAACAUCUAUGUCUAGCAAGAUUUUAAAUAAAAAGGAUAUCAGGUUAUGGAUGGAUUCCAAAACAUCUCCAAGAACCUAGGCGAUAUUAAGGGAAAUUUAGGUUCAAUAUGGAAUACUAUCAAAGGAAAAAAUAGAUGA